UGACGACGCUGACUACACCAACACCGGGACCAAUCCUGAUGCUUGCGGAUGCGUGGCUUCAUCUACUGCAGACACAAAAGGAGAUACAACGUCAACUAUCGACAAUGAUGGUGCUGUUCUCGGGAACCUAAACACAAGUAUGAACAAAGCGCGCACUGCAUCAUGUUCAUCAUCCGGCUCCAAAUCGUCUAGCAACACAACCGCGACGACAUCUAGCAACAUCAUGCAGCCGCCUGCUGUGCCAGUUCCGCCACCAGUACCCGUGCCACCAGCACCAGUUUCAACUCCAAGCUUAAACAACAAGAGUAAUCGAAAGAAUCACUAUUCCUACUUUAACGCGGAACAGCAAGCACAACAAGC